UUACUGAAAAAGAAGAUAAAGCAAAAAAAGAAAGAAAGAAGAUUUGGAUAGUGCAUCUCCCGCAACAGUUGACCUUGCGAGACACAGACACGGCACCUUCAAUUCUUCAUUCCUCAAAUCGCAAUUCACAAAGCGUCUCAAAUUCACAUUAAAUUUUCCCAAAACUCAAACUCAAACUCAAACUCAAGUAAUUCUAAUUUUCCCUCCCCGAAAACGAUGUCGUUCGAGGUGGAGGAGGAGGAGGCGUUUGAGCACACGCUCCUGGUGGUGCGCGAGGUGUCGGUGUACAAGAUCCCGCCGCGAAGCACCUCCGGCGGCUACAAGUGCGGCGAGUGGCUCCAGUCCGACAAGAUCUGGUCGGGGCGGAUCCGCGUCGUGUCCCGGCGCGACCGCUGCGAGAUUCGCCUCGAGGAUCCGAGCUCCGGUGAGCUCUUCGCCGCCUGCUUCGUCUACGCCGGCCAGCGCGAGACCGCCGUCGAGCCCGUCCUCGACUCGUCGCGCUACUUCGUCCUCAAGAUCGAGGAUGGCCAAGGCAAGCACGCCUUCAUUGGCCUAGGGUUCAAUGAGCGCAACGAGGCCUUCGAUUUCAACGUCGCGCUCUCCGAUCACGAGAAGUACGUCCGCCGCGAGCACGAGAAGGAGGCCGGAGACGGAGCCGCCGCUGAGGAGUCGCAGAUCGACAUUCACCCCGCCGUCAAUCACAGGCUCAAGGAAGGGGAAACCAUUAGGAUUAAUGUGAAGCACAAAUCAACUAGUGGAACUGGCAUGCUCUCAGCUGCUGGCCUAACCAGUGGGCAUGCUGCGACACCAAAGCCAAAAAUCGUGAGUCUUGCUCCCCCACCAAGUGGAGCUGGGAAAAUCAGGUCUCCUCUUCCACCCCCACCAAAUGAUCCCGUUGCUGCUCGGACUGCUUCCACCAGUCGUGCUACUGGUCCUAAAGGGACAUACGAAAGUGUGAAACAUUCUACCAACGCUUUAUCAGAUUUUUCUCAACUACAGAAAAAUCUUCCCACAACAACCACCUCUGGAUCGACCACAGCUUCAGGAUGGGCAGCCUUCUGAUUAUAUAUAUGAGCAUUUUAACAAUGAGGCUUUUAUUAUUCUCUGAUUUUUUUGGUUCUUUAUUUUGAGAAAAGAAACAGUGGAAGAAUCUGCAGAAAGAGAUUUCAUAAGUAAAGUUAGCACAAAGUACCAAGUAAUUCGAUUGCUUGAGGAAUGAAUAUCCUGGAAAUAUUUAUGUUUUUCUUUGUUUGUAAUAACAGUUUUCUCAUAUCUCUAUAAAAAGAAUCACCCCCCGAAAAGAAUCUUUCUUUGACUGAGGUGUGCUUGUUAUUUUAUGUUCAAGGUACUGUUCCGGAUGCCAUGUGUUUAGGUAUAUAUGAAGUUAUUAUGUUGCUUGUAAUAAUAAUUAUAAUUACAAAGUGACAAUGUCCAUUUUAACAGCUGC